GGUGACCUCUUCCUUAUAUUAUAUGACCUCCCUCAUACUACACUGCUGGUUUAGGAUCCCCAGAAUUCGCUUUUCAUCUAAGAUUUCUGUUCGGUUCUAACUUCUAGGUUGCUUCUUUUUAAUCUUCUCCCAUUUCUCUUCUCUCUCUCUCUCUCUCUCUAUCUCUCUCUCGGACAGGCUUGUUCAAGUUAACCUUGUUGUUCGAUCCCACCUAGGAAAUGGCACAGUUACCUCCUAAGAUACCAACCAUGACCCAGAAUUGGCAAUCGUUUAAUCCUCACCAGAAGUUAGCUGCCGCAAUGCCGCCUAGUUUCAAUCCCAGUGCAGCUCAACAAUUUCAGCAACAGAACUCGCCGCCGUCGUUACCAACGUGGGUGGAUGAGUUUCUUGACUUCUCGUCGGCACGGCGGGGGGCUCACCGGCGGUCUGCUAGCGAUUCUAUUGCUUACCUCGAUACGGCAUUCCUCGAGGAAUGUCGGAACCCGAUGGCCGGAGCACAUCAUCAUGGGUUUGAUGGGCUUGACGACGACCAGCUCAUGUCCAUGUUCUCCGAUGACGUUGGCUCGGUUUCGUUGCCGCCGUCAUCUGCCACUGCAUCGAACCCGUCCACGCCUUCCGAUGACCAGAAUAGCAAUAACGAGGAGAAGCCUAUGGUAAUUGACGACGCCGUCGUUCCGAGACAAGGCCUUAAAUUGCAGAAACAGCUCAAGAAUGAACCAGGGGAGGCGGAGAGCGAAUGCAAGAAUGAGAGUGACACUCUGCCGCCGCCGCCACCCUCCGUGGUAGGCGGUGGAGGCGAAUCAGUCGUUGAUCCGAAAAGAGUUAAAAGAAUUUUGGCAAAUCGGCAGUCGGCUCAGAGAUCCAGGGUGAGAAAGCUGCAGUACAUUUCUGAUUUAGAAAGAAGCGUAUCAACUUUGCAGACGGAGGUAUCAGCAUUGUCGCCGAGGGUAGCAUUCUUGGACCACCAACGUCUGAUUCUGAACGUAGACAACAGUACCUUGAAGCAACGUAUUGCCGCUUUGGCUCAAGACAAGAUUUUCAAAGACGCUCACCACGAAGCAUUAAAGAAGGAAAUAGAAAGACUAAGACAAAUCUAUCAUCAUCAGCAGCAGCUACAAAACCUGCAUCAGAAGAUGGACAAGUCAUCAGCAAACGGUAAUAGUAACAAUACAAAUGGCCACCUGCUUCACUCUCCUCCACCACCACCGGCAGCGGCGGCGGCGGCACCACAGCCAACACAGCCACAACCACCACUAAUGCCACCGCAGUCUCAGCCCAUAGCAUGUUUGGACAAGGAACAGCUUAUGAGUUGAUAAUAUCAGAACUUUCACGUGAUGUGUUCCCCCCAACUUGAAUGUCCACCAUGUGGGGGCUGCUCAGCUAGCUAGCUCUUUGACAUUUUCGUGAGAUACUACCAAUUAUAAGUAAAUUCAAUUUGUUUG